AUGGCGCUUAAAGUAAGUAACCUAACAUUAAAGUUCAACCACAAAACUAUUUUUAAAAAUAUCAGUUUCUCUCUUAAAGAUGGUUCAACUACUGCUUUAAUUGGACCAAAUGGGACAGGGAAAACGACACUAAUCAAAAUCUUAAUGGGAAUGCUUCCCCCGACAAGUGCCAGGGUUAAAAAUGCGCUUAACUGGCAAAUAGAGCAAAUGCAUUUACAGGAUAUUCAGUCAGUUCGAAUGGGGGAAGCUUCAGGCGGUCAGAAACAACGAGCAUAUCUGGCACAAACAUUACUAGACCAACCAAAUAUGAUUAUUUUAGAUGAAGCUACAGCCAGCCUAGAUCCGGUCGCCAAAAAUGAACUAAUGGACUUAAUUAAGCACUUAAAUGAAAAAUAUCAAAUGACAGUUUUAUUCGUAUCACAUGAUAUUCCCUUAACUAAAAAGUUAUGA